AUGAGGUUUAGGUUGGCUAAAAAGAAUCUGCUCGUACUUUUGGGUAUUUCCUUUGUCGUUUGGACUCUGUUGGUUUCCACGAGUGUGCUGUCAGUAUCAGAGAACAGCACCAGUAAUCAGAUUGACAAGGGCGCACACUCAAGUGACUUGGUAAAGUUGGACUUCUCUGGGUCGCUGUCAAAACUGACGAAAUCUGUCUACAGAUCCAAUUUUAAGCAGCAUGUUUUAAAUGCUGAACGCUUUCCUGGCGAACCUCAGCUGGUGCUGGUUGUGCAGGUCCACAACAGACCGGAAUACCUCCAACUUCUCAUCUACUCUCUGGAGAAAGCAGCGGAGGUCCAUAGAUUCCUUAUCAUCUUCAGCCACGACUAUUUUUCAGAGGAAAUCAACACCAUUGUGCAAGGGAUCACUUUCUGCAAGGUACUGCAAAUUUAUUUCCCAUUCAGCACUCAGCUGUAUCCCAAAGAGUUUCCUGGGCAGGAUUCACGGGACUGCCCACGGGACAUUGCCAAAGACGAAGCCAUUGAAUUAGGAUGCCUCAAUGCAGAGCACCCUGACUCUUAUGGCCACUACAGAGAAGCCGACGUUACUCAAACCAAACAUCACUGGUGGUGGAAGUUGCACUUUGUGUGGGAGCGAGUGCAGGCAAUGCAGGGCUACAGUGGAUUUGUAGUAUUUCUGGAAGAGGAAAACUACAUUUUACCAGACUUUUUUCAAUUCUAUAAAUCAAUGAUUGAGUUCAGGGAAAACAACUGCCUGGAUUGUGAUUUUCUAUCUUUGGGAAACCAUAACGACUUUAAAGACUUCCCCACAUUGUCUAACAAGCUAUUGACCACUGGGUGGAUGUCCGUAAAACACAGCUUAGGCAUAGCUAUCUCCAGAGAGAUGUACUACAAGAUGAUGGGCUGCAGCAACGACUUCUGCACUUAUGAUGAUUACAAUUGGCACUGGACUUUGCAGCAUCUUUCUGGUAACUGCAUUUCAAAGCCUUUUAAAGUGCUUGUGGCUCAGGGCUCGAGGAUUCUUCACACAGGUGAAUGCGGGCUGCGCCAGAAGCAAAACUGCAGGCCGGAAUGGGCCUCACAGCGGGUCGAGGAGGUGCUUAAGAUGGUAAAAGAUAGCCUUUUCCCUCCUUCUCUCGUCCUGACUAGUUCUGAAGAACCCAGAUCCAAGAAACUUAGAAAUAAUGGAGGCUGGGGAGAUGUCCGAGACCAUCGUCUAUGCAAUAACUAUGCAAAACGUCUGUAA